GGUACACAAUAAUGUCAUCUAAAAUGACCGCCGAAAGAAAAGCAAUUCUCAUGCAAGAGGCUCAAGCUCUUGGAGACGAAAUUCGACAGCUAAAACUCGACAAGGCCGAUCAAGCAAUUAUCAAAGAGAAAGUCGCACUGAUGCAAGCGAAAAGAAAGGAGGCAGGCGAGACCGGUGCACCCGAAAAACCCGGAAAGUUUGUUCUGAAAACAGGAAAGGGAACUCGUGACUACGGACCAGCUCAAUCGGCUCUUCGCAAUUCUGUGUUACAGACAGUCACUGAAACAUUCAAUAGAUAUGGUGCAGAGACCAUUGAUACACCAGUAUUCGAGCUUCGUGAUGUUCUGAUGGGAAAAUAUGGCGAGGAAGGAGGAAAACUUGUAUAUGAUCUUCAAGAUCAAGGAGGAGAGCUUCUAUCAUUGCGUUAUGAUCUCACUGUUCCAUUUGCACGAUACUUGGCAAUGAACAAAAUCACGAAUAUUACAAGAUAUCAAAUUGCGAAAGUAUACAGAAGAGAUCAACCUGUAAUGUCUCGUGGACGGUACCGCGAGUUCUAUCAAUGCGAUUUUGAUAUUGCCGGACAGUAUGACCUUAUGCUUCCGGAGGCUGAGUGUCUGGGAAUUGUUGAUGAGUUGCUCACGAAACUGGAAAUUGGAGAGUUUUUCAUUAAUCUCAAUCACCGUCUGAUCCUCGAAGGAAUGUUUGCCGUUUCCGGUAUUCCUGCUAAAGAUUUCAAAACAAUUUGCUCAUCGGUCGAUAAGCUUGACAAAACUCCAUGGGAAGAUGUUGAACAAGAAAUGAUUAAUGAAAAGUUCCUAACUAAAGAGCAGACUGGAAAGCUGGGAGAACUUGUUCGAUUCCGAGAGCUCAAUAGCGAUCUCAACAAUUUGGAACUUCUUGAAAAAAUGUCACAACUCCCAGAUCUCGGGCAAAAUGACAAGUUUAAAAAGGGAGCCGAAGAACUGAAGGUGUUAAUUGAGUACCUCAAUGUCGAUGGAGUGACCACUGUUCGAUACGAACCAUCCCUUGCCAGAGGUCUUGAUUAUUAUACAGGUGCAAUCUAUGAAGCAGUCGCUCCUAAAGCUCUUGAAGGAACUGCUGUUGAAAACUCAGAGGAUACUGCUGGACAACCAGUCGGAGUAGGAUCAGUAGCUGCCGGUGGACGAUACGAUGGAUUGGUUAAAAUGUUCGACUCAAAAGCCAAUGUUCCAUGUUGCGGUGUUUCUUUUGGUAUCGAACGUCUGUUUGCUAUCAUGGAAGCUCGACAGAAAGUUGCCAUUCGUACGACGCAAACCGAAGUCUAUGUUGCAUCUGCUCAAAAGAAUUUGGUCAGGGAUCGCAAGAAGUUGGUAAAGAUGCUUCGAUCUGCUGGAAUCAAGACUGAAAUGGCACUGAAGGCUAAUCCGAAAUUGUUAACGCAAUUCCAGUAUGCUGAGGAAAGACGUAUUCCGCUUGCUAUUGUUAUUGGAGAGCAGGAGCUUAAAGAUGGAGUUGUCAAGUUGCGAAAUGUGGUCACCAGAGACGAACAGACUAUUAAACUCGACCAGCUGAUCACUGCCGUUCGUGACACUCUUGCCGCCCUCUAAACAAUCGAUAAUUUCUUGUUUUCUUAGCUUUCUAAUUCUCUGCGUUCACCUCACUUCAGCUUUUAUGUCCCUCUUUCCAGUCAUCAUAAUUCAUAUUUCCUGUUUUAUUGAUUUUUGCAUAGUCGGUGUUUGACUUGUUUGUUUUUCUCCUUUUUUUGUUCCAGAUUUCAUAUUUAUUUUUGUUGGUUUGAAAAUUCAGAACUUAUCAC